UAUAUGUUUUGCAACAAGCAGUCAGCUAAGGUUAUUUCGGAGGCAUCUUGUACAUUUACAUGAGUAUGGCACUUCGAGGACUAAGAUCGGUCAAAUUUAACAAGAUACAGGCUAUUUGUACAACAUGUCGAUUACAAUCUGGAGUUGCAACACCACAGCCUGCAUCAACAGAGCAGAAAAAAUCACAGAAAGUUUCCUUUAAUUGGAAAGAUGCCUUGAACUUGGAGAGUUUACUAACAGAGGAGGAGAUUAUGGUUCGAGAUCAGUUCAGAUCCUACUGCCAGGAAAAACUGAUGCCAAGGGUACUGAUGGCCAACAGACACGAGCACUUUCACAAAGAGAUGAUUCCAGAAAUGGGAGAACUUGGGGUCCUUGGGCCCACCAUACAAGGAUAUGGUUGUGCUGGUGUGUCCUCUGUAGCCUACGGGUUAAUAGCCAGAGAACUGGAGAGAGUAGACAGUGGUUACAGAUCGGCCAUGAGUGUCCAGUCUUCCCUUGUGAUGCACCCAAUCUAUGCUUAUGGUUCAGAGGAACAGAAACAGAAAUACUUACCUAGACUAGCUAAAGGAGAGUUAAUUGGUUGUUUUGGUCUGACUGAGCCAAAUCAUGGAAGUGAUCCUGCUUCCAUGGAAACCAGAGCCAAAUAUGACGCUGCUACAAAAACGUACAGACUGUCUGGAAGCAAGUCCUGGAUUACCAAUUCUCCUAUUGCUGAUGUCUUCAUUAUCUGGGGCAAGUGUGAUAAAGACAAUAACAGGAUCCGAGGCUUUAUUUUGGAGAAGGGUAUGAAGGGUUUAACAGCACCUGUUAUUGAGGGCAAGUUCUCACUGCGUGCCAGUAUUACUGGGCAGAUCGCCAUGGAUGAUGUAGAAGUACCAGAGGAGAAUAUGCUUCCUAAUGUGUCAGGUCUUGGGGGCCCCUUUGGGUGCUUAAACAAUGCCAGAUAUGGGAUAGCAUGGGGAACAUUGGGAGCUGCAGAGUUCUGCCUGGAAACAGCACAGCAAUAUACACUGGACAGAAAACAAUUUGGAAAGCCCCUUGCGAAAAAUCAAUUGAUACAGAAGAAAAUGGCAGACAUGUUAACAGAAAUCACACUUGGUCUUCAGUCAUGUAUACAAGCAGGCAGACUGAAGGACCAGGGACUAAUAACUCCAGAGAUGAUCUCAUUGAUAAAGAGGAAUUCGUGUGGUAAAUCGUUGGACAUUGCACGAGUGGCCCGUGAUAUGUUGGGAGGUAAUGGUAUCAGUGACGAGUACCAUGUCAUCCGUCACGUCAUGAACCUAGAGGCUGUCAAUACAUAUGAGGGUACCCACGACAUCCAUGCUCUGAUCCUUGGCCGAGCUAUCACAGGGCUACAAGCGUUUACUGCAGACUAGUGAAGCUGUGAUAUACAAAAUGUAACCAGAAUAACUAACCAGUGGAGAUAUUCCAGGAAUUCUCAAAAACAUCCUUCAAUUCUCUUGAGCUGUAACAGUUGCAUGACAAUGAAAUAUUAUGUCCGAGGUGCGUUAUAUAGGUCAUUGACUGGUGUCUCAGUUUUGAAAUGAUACAUUUCUACCUAUCUCCAUGUCAACAUGAAGCAAAAUUAUUCAAUAUGAACCAGAGGGUUAAUUUUCACACAAGUGACUUCAUGUAAUCGGUCUUAAUUUCAACAUUUUUUGUGUUGAAUUUGUUAAAAAAAAAAAAAUUCAUUUAUAAGGUUUGUUCAGUGUAAAUAGAUGGUCCAUACAUUUGUGUUGGGGAUUAUAAUUCUGGUAUUAUAACAGUCAUAAUACUUGUGUAUUUUAUCAUCCUCUCAUGAUGAGUGUUUGCAGUGUAUUCAUUGAAGUCAAGGCGAUUUGCUGGACAAACUAGUGCUUUUCGUAUGUCUUUUAUCCCCUAAAUACAAAUUCAAACAUUUGAGAGAUUUGAUGAAAUUGUAUGCAAUAUUUACAUUCUGCAAUGGAUUUAUUGGUAAAACUACCUGGGUUAUUCUCGUAUUUGAUUUUUGUCUUGGUCAAAGGAUAAAAUGACGAGAAGUGAUAGAUGUAAAAUUUGUUGUAUCUUAGAAAUGUAUAAAAUUACUGUGAUAUUUUUUGAUGAUCAAGAUUUGUUUGUUGGGAGAAAUCAAUAAAAGUUUAUUAUACAACAUAAUAAGAGGAAAGUCUAACUGUUAAAACAGUUAUCUGAAGGAGUGAAAGUGUUAUGAGAGAGAGUUUAUAAAUACAGCUGAGCAAUAGUGUUGUUUGAAUAUGUUAUACUUAAUCAGGUUGAAGCAGACAGUUCAAGUUAGAAAACUUGAUUUCAACCUUUCAGGUUUAAGAGACACUCCUGUAGCAAUGAGAUGAAAAUCCUUUGCUACUCGUAGUGUCGGAAGAAAGCUUAAAUAACUUAUCUUAUGCCCUGUGACAAACACUGGCCUCUUGUGGUAAAUACAUUUAUCAGUCAAGCUUGUUAUCCCCUCCAUUCAUUUCCAUAGGGUGACGUAUUUAUACACAAGAUUUUCUCAAUAAUCCAACAGUAUUAUUUCCAGGCCAGUUCAAGAAUAUGUAAUUACCCAAUACACUUACUAGUUACCACUUUUUCAUUUUCCAAAUAUUGGAUACAAACACUAGCGGUAUUUCUAAGUAUGCUGAUUCUUCGAUGAUUUCAAUAGUGGUCACUGAUUUAACUUGAACUGUCAGCUUUAUAUUUUGUCACUGAAAGAGCAGAGUUCAGUUUGCAUGUUCGAGGUAAAGCAUACUGAAAACUGAAUCAUCAGGCUGCUCCAAUUUUGUUCCAUCAGGUUUUGAUUUAAUAGGAAAUUUUAAACAGAAAAUUAAGUCUAGUCAUGAUUACAUGGCAGUCUAUUUAUUUUUGUUUUCUUUUAAGAAAAAAUUACACUGCUUAUUUGGAAGUUAUUUUGUAUGUACACAGUUUAAUUGAAUUUAUGAAUUGAAAUAAACUUUAAAAGUUUGAAA